CCCCCUCGGCAGGAAUAUGCAGCCACCGUGCGCAGGGCCGUGCAGUCCGGCAGCGUGAACCUCAAGGACCGGCUCACCAUCGAGCUGCACGCGGAUGGGCGCCACGGGAUCGUCCGCGUAGACCGGGUGCCGCUGGCAGCCAAGCUGGUGGAUCUGCCCUGCAUCAUCGAGAGCCUGAAAACCAUUGAUAAGAAAACCUUCUAUAAGACAGCGGAUAUUUGCCAGAUGCUCGUGUGCACYGUGGAUGGUGACCUCUACCCCCCUCUGGAAGAGCAAACCGUGAGCACUGACCCCAAGGCCAACAAGAAGAAGGACAAGGACAGAGAGAAGAAGUUCAUCUGGAACCACGGCAUUACUCUUCCCCUGAAAAAUGUGCGGAAGAGACGGUUCCGGAAAACAGCUAAGAAGAAGUACAUUGAGUCUCCUGAUGUGGAAAAAGAGGUGAAGCGUCUGCUGAGCACCGACGCUGAAGCCGUCAGUGUCCGCUGGGAAGUCAUUGCUGAAGAUGAAACUAAAGAAGUGGACAACCACGGCUCCCUCACCAGCCUGGACAUCUCCUCCCCGGGGAUGUCUGGGCACAAACAGGGCCACGGCUCCUCAGAACACGACGAACUGCGGGAGAUAUUUAAUGACAUCAGCAGCAGCAGCGAAGAUGAGGAUGAGAGGGAUCAUCAUGAUGAUGAGGACCUGAACAUCAUGGACACGGAGGAGGACUUGGAGAGGCAGUUGCAGGACAARCUGAAUGAGUCGGAUGGGCAGCAGCAGGAGAACGAGGGCUCCAACCAGAUAGUCAUGGGGAUCCAGAAACAGAUCGACAACCUCAAGAGUAAACUCCAGGAGACCCAGGACAGGAGGAAGCGCCAGGAGGAUCUCAUCAUGAAAGUGGAGAACCUGGCCCUCAAGACCCGUCUGCAGGCCGUGCUGGAUGAGUUCAAGCAGCAGGAAGAGCGAGAGAAGCAGCAGAUGACCUCUCUGCAGGAGCAGCUGGAAUCUCUCAUGGAGAAGUGAGGAACAGCCCUGGCCAGAACAGCAGGUCUUUGUGCCUCUGAGCAGAGCUGGGGCCACGCUGGAAGUGUCCUUCGUCCCCUGCCUCUGCUCUGGUCCUACCCCUGUGCUGCCAGGCCUGCUCCUGGGCACUGCCAGGAGCUCGGUGGCCGGAGCUGCUCGUGUGCCUGCRGCUGCAUUCAGCUGCUGGGGCGGGAAGAGAGAACGAGACCCAUCCUGAGAGCAGCAGAAAGAUGGGGACUUGCUGUAAAUAUAGGGGACCCUUUUCCCAAGGGUGUGGAGCUCCUGCUGGGCCCCUGGGCUGCAGCUUUCUGCAUCUCUGCGACCAUCAGACUUGGGCACUGGCCUGCUGGGAGCC